AUGCUCUAUGGCAGUUCACUCAACUGCUUGGAGCGUAAUAGCGACAUUGUGAACGCCGAAACGCCGGGUAGGAAGGUCUAUCAAGUUCCCUUCAUUCAGUCUUUACUAGACGCCACUCACAUCAACACCGUCCUUGGAAUGGAAGCCCGUCUGUUGCCCUUGACCAGAAAGUUCUUUUCAUGGCAUCCUUACAAGAAGGCUGGCGCGGACUUCGAUAAUAUCAUCCUGCACUGCACCAAGGCGCGUUUCGCAUCCAAAGACAAGGACGGGGAUAUAUUCCAAAAGUUGAUGGCUAAGAAUAAUGGCGAGCCGCUAAACUUGCUCUUUAGCGAGCUUUUGGCGGAAUGCUCGGUCAUGAUGAAUGCCGGCACGGAAACAACCACGGCUGCUCUCACAAACGCUGUAUACCUCAUCUACACCCACCCUAACGUACUCGAGCAACUUCGAGAAGAACUGGACCCUAUCAUUGUGCAGAAUACCGUACCGAGCUACGACGCCAUCGGCCAGCUGUCGUUCCUUCAAGCCUGCGUUGAGGAAUCCCUCCGCGUUCGACCGGCAAGCUCAAUACGCUUGCCUAGGGUCGUGCCGGAGGGCGGUCGGGUGAUCGCAGGGCAGUUCGUGAGCGAGGGCGUCACUGUACCAGUCCCAAGCUACACUCUACUGCGGGACGUCGAGGCUUCCAAGGAUGCUGAGACAUUCCGACCUCAGCGCUGGAUUGAUGGAAAUAAGGAGAAGAUGCUUAAGGCCCACCUUCCAUUCAAUACAGGACCUCGAGCAUGCAUUGGCAGAAACAUUGCCUACUUUGAGCAGCUCAUGCUCAUCUCAUCUCUGGUACGAAACUUCGAUUUUCCUCUAGCUUCACCGGGCCAUGAGUUCAGGGCCUUGGAGCGGUUCGACUCUAACCCAGACGAGACGUCGAAGUGUCACAACUAUGUCAACCCCAAUCUGCCCUUUAUUUCUCCUCCACAGUAG